AAAAUAAUGUACAUUUACAGAAUUUAUUGCACUUUAAUAAUCACUGAUUCAUUUUGAAAACUUUUGGUCUCCCUUAAUUCGGUAGCGUUACUCCAGGCGUUCUUCCAAAAAAAAGAUGUCAGAAGAUUUUUUUGCUCAAAUUUAAAAAAAAAUAAUUAUUAUUACUAUAAAGAAAUGUAGAUAAUGACCGAAGGACUAGGCAAAAAAAUUCGUAUACUGACAAAAUAGCGGCUUCCAUAAAAAGUCAUUUCGUCGUCGAAAGAAUUUACACUUCAGAGUAGCUUAAACAAUUAUUGUCAAAAAUCUUAUACUUCAAUCACUACCUGACUGAAUAUAUCAAGCAGCUAGUAUCAAAUUUCAUCUCAAUCAGUCCAGUCGUUUCGAAGCAAUUUUCCUCACCGACUCUAAAGACAGUUUUUCGAGAAAAACGCGUUUUAAGUUUUGAAAGCCGCUUACACCAAGAUUCUAACAAAUAUACUCAUAUCUCCGAAACUUUUUGCCGGAACCACUUCAAAGUUUCGAAGAAUAUGCUCAAAUAUAUAUACAUUCAAUAUAUACGUAAACCAAAAAAUUGAUUUUUUUAAAAUUCACAACCGUGUAUAACCGCUUAAGCAAAUAGCAAGUACUGUGGGUCUAAGAAAUACAGUUUAUUUACUUAUUAUAUGUUUUAAAACUACUAUGUUGAGUAAAAGCUCUUUUAAGUUAAUGAAAGUUCUUUGAAGUGAGUUAAAGUUCUCGGAAAGUAGCUCAGCAAAGUUAGUGAAAGCUUUACUGAAUUUUAAAAGCGCAUAGGUUAUACCAAACCCUAGACAAGUUAUCAACACACCUUCCGAAAUUAAUAAGAGCAACUUACCGAUGUAAUAAUGAAAUACAAGGAAGCUCUUUUCUUUUAGUGAAAGCUCGAAUGAAAUUUUCAUAUAUAAAGAAAAUCAAACUGAACGAUAUUAUACCUUUCAUGUAUUGAAAAGAGAAAAGUAACGAUAUUAUUAUUAUUAUAUUAUAUUGAUUUUUAUUGUUCCGAAAAUUGCGAUUAUGGCAAAAGAUACAUAUUUAACUAAUCCACCCUUCCACCGUGAACGUACUAAAAGCUAUACAAAAGAAUUCUUGACAAAUCUUUUGGCAUUUUAUGAAGAGAUUACCUACUUUUUACGUAAACAGCGCUUGUUUACCGUCCUUUACCUGCAUCCCUGCUACCUGUCGCUCACUACAUAUCACUUUAUUCACUUCGUAACGCGCAAGUAUAAAAGCACACGCACGACAGCACUCUACUCAGUUCAUAUUCAAUUAAAAUACAAUCAACAGUCUGCGUUCUAACACAACCCAUACAUCAUCGUACACUACGCCGCCUACUUGCCAUGCCCUACUUCCGCUCUAGCUACACCUUUAGCAUUGAGGGCAGUAGGCGUACCUUCCAUCAUCGCUGGUGCAUGGCCGGGCGUGUGUACGAGUGUGACGCAUGCAGCACAACAUGUGAUGUACGCGCUGCAUAUUCGAAACAUUGGUCCAGUGUAGGGCGUACGCUUUGCAGCGUCGAACAACGCGCGCUGUUAAAAACAAUAGAGAAGCAGCGCAUAAAGAAUUUCAUACUAUGUAGCGAGCAUAACAGGAGCACUAAUGAAUUCUUGCUGGACGCCGGCAUACAAGCUAUACCGCAAUUGUUGCGUUUACUUUUUCAUAACGCCGUGUGUCUACACUUUCGUUUGAGUUUCUAUAUGCGCGCCUUGAACGAAACGGAUUUACUUUUCUGCAGCAGCGAAUCGGCGCUUGAACAUCACCUGGAUAUUAGCGAGACUGUGGAUGUGCUAUUUCUCAUGCUGCUGGAAAAAAUCGAAGCCUAUAUGUUCGCUCGUUAUCCGACACGCGCUGCCGAGUAUAGCGUGAAGCGCAUAAAAAUUUAUGUACGUCGCGAAUUGCGUAUCAUGGCGUCAGCAUCAAAUGCACCCUUGAAAUGCAUACUGCCGCUGCAGUAUCGUGUGAAGCACGCCACCGCCGCACCAAGCGCACAGCCGGUGAGCGCGGCGGUUGCUGCUGAUUCGAAUCUGUAUUGCUUCCGCAAUUGCGCGCGCACGCAAGAGUUGUAUGUGGUACCCUAUCAGCUCGGUAAAUGUCCGAGCACUGCAUGUGAUGGUGAAGUGCAAAGCGCGCAACAAGCAUGGGAUCGCAUAGGCUGUGGCGCUCAUUAUAUACUGUUGCAGAGUGUCGAUGGCGUUCAACAACAACUUUUGAAGAUCUCGAACAUAUCCCGCUUUCUACACACCGAUGAGGAGGAUCAUGUGCACACCUGUGUCCAAUGCAAGGCCAAUUUUACACAACGCACUAAAUUUCAGUUGCACAAGGCGCUCGAUUGUGGGCGCGGCUUUGAGAUUCUUCAACUGGACGGUGAAAAUAUGGAGAUUUACGAGCACUGCUUACAAAUGCGUUGUGACAACUACAACUGGCCGCUGUAUGGUAUAAUAGAAUGAGGGUUGUGUGAAUUUAUAAUAAUAUUUGGAAAGAUUUAUUACUUAAUUAUAUAACAAAAUAUACGAAAAAGUAAAACACGAGAAA